AUGUCGUCUCCGGGUUGGCCCGGGAACGGGCCCUACCCGAUGACUCCUCACGGGGGCCAGUCGGUGGCCCCUUAUCCCACAUUCCAGGGCGGCUACGGGGAUUCCGCACCGGCCCCUCCUCCGGGCUUCAGUGUAGACUACAACCAAAGUCCACCCCCUGUAUUGUUUCAACCGGGACAGAUGGGGGCGGGCCCUUACGGCGGAGGAGCGGCUCCUUACGGCGGGACGCCGGCGGUGCCGGGGCCGGCCGCCUCGGUCCCUGUCGGGGUCCCGCCGGGACUUGAAUACCUCACUCAGAUCGACCAGAUUCUGAUUCAUCAGAAAGUGGAGCUUCUGGAAGCGUUCAUCGGCUUCGAGACCAACAACCAGUACGAGAUCAAAAACAGCCUGGGCCAGAAGAUCUACAAAGCCAAGGAAAAGAACGACUGCUGCACCAGGAACUGUUGCGGAUCUCUCCGCAGCUUCGACAUGAAAAUCAAGGACAACGGCGAUCGCGAGGUCAUCCGCCUGAUCAGGCCCUUCCGCUGCGUCUCCUGCUGGUGCCCGUGCUGCUUGCAGGAGCUGGAGGUGCAGGCGCCGCCGGGAACGACGGUGGGCUUCGUCAAGCAGGAUUGGCACCCCUUCCUACCGCGCUUCUCCAUCCAGGGGCCCAACAAGGAGACCCUGAUGAAGUUGGAGGGCCCCUGCUUUGCCUGCAACUGCUGUGGCGAUGUCACUUUUGAGCUGACGGGCAAAGACGGGGGUCAGCCCAUCGGUCGCAUUUGCAAGCAGUGGAGCGGCCUCCUGAAGGAAGUGUUCACCGACACAGACAACUUUGGCAUCCAGUUCCCUCUGGACAUGGAUGUCAAGAUGAAAGCCGUCCUCUUGGGUGCCUGCUUCCUCAUCGAUUUCAUGUUCUUUGAGAAGGUGGGCGAGGCCAACCAGCGCAGCACCGUCUUCUCGUAA